AUGCCAUCUCUCACCGAAACCCGCCAGUACACCUGCCGCUACUGGGCGCUUGGACCUCGCUGCCCCGACGAGACCCGCGCCGGCAAGAUCACCUGCGACUACGCGCACUUCGACACCGGAACCCUGGCUUCGGAUCAGAUGCAGCGCGGCACCUGUCUGACCUGGGCGCAGCGUGGUGUCUGCCAUGGUUUGAACUGUCCGUAUGAGCAUCGGCAGACAGGGGUGACGGGGUUGUUUCAAGGCAGUUUACAGCUGGCGGGAUUGGAGUGCGAGAUCGCGAAUGCUGCAUUCAAUGCUGGGUUCGAUACCAGCGAUCACGAGGCUCUGUUCGCACUCAUCUGGGUUGUCAAGCGCGUCAGCCUGAGGACCAUGCCCAAGGAUCGUUUUAUGCGUCGGCGCCGCCGCCGCCCCCCGCAGCCACCUCACCCUAUCUAUCCGGAUUGCUAUCGCCCUUCAGGAGAAGGUGACGACACCAAGCGCAAGCGAGUCGACGUCGACGAUGAGAAGCCGCCACCAUUCCGUGCAGUUAAGCCUCUCAUGCGUCGUGGUUCCGAGAAGGCCGAUCCCACCAACAUCAUCGACUCCAUCGACGACGUCAAGCCUUCUGCUCCGGCCAACUCCUCCAAGCGUCGCAAGGUCGGUGAUGGUAAGGCUGUUGCUGGCUCGAUGCCCGGUAACGAAAUCGUCGAGGAGCUCCAACAGCUCAAGCAUCGAUUCAUGCUGGCGAGACGCGACAUGGACAAGAGCCAGGUCGACAUGAGGCAGCUAUUCGACAAACACGGCGCCAUGUUCGAUGAUGGUAGGAUCAUGGCUAUUUUGCAGGAUCUGGCGGAGAACUUGAACGGCUGCUUUGACCGUGCCAAGGAUGGAAUGGACAAUGUUGAGCGGGCCAUUGCGUGGUUGGAUGGUAAUGGUGAGAGCCGGAUUGGUGGCAACAGUUGGGCGUAG